UGGAACGAGAAGCAGGCCUGUGGCGGCCAGUGGAUCAGGGUGCGGCCCGGCCUGGGUGCCGGCACGCUGGGCCCCGUGCCCACCGAAAGGACUGUGCCCGCAGCAGCCGUGGGGGUGGCUCUGGAGGCCGGGCGGCAGGUUGGAGAUCGCUGUCUGUGCCAGGUUUCCAGCACAGAAAAGCACAGCUCCUUCCCAGUCCAGGUCAGCAGGUGGCGAAGGUCACGUGUCUGACCCGAGAGGAAGGCGUUGCCCUUUACCAGCUCCAUCCCCACUCGUCCUAGGGUCCUUGUCAUCGCUGUUCUCAUUCACCCUUUGAGGAACUGAUACUGGAGGCCCCGUGACUUGCCCAAGGCCCUCCCCGAUCCCUGGGGACACUUGCACUUAGGGGACCGAUUCCUCACAGCGAGGCCUCUGGUUUGAAAUCCAAGGAAGCGCCGAGGCGGGCAUUCUAAGCCGCUUCCUGGAGAUGCUGCCUCCUGCACUGCCUAACGCAGUUGCCUGUCUGCUUGAGGAUGUGGCUGCUUCUCCCUAAAAGCGAUGCCCCAGGACCCUGUGCGUAGACUGCAGCUCCACCCUCACCAUGCUGCCCACGGCCUCCAGCAAAAGAAGAACAUUUGCGGCCAGAUAUUUUGCCCGCUCCAAAAGCCUGGUGAUGGGGGAGCCGAGCCGGAGCCCAGGGCAGCCCCCUGGCCCACGCGGGUGCAGCCCCGUGCUGAAGGCGGGCUGGCUGAAGAAGCAGAGGAGCAUCAUGAAGAACUGGCAGCAGCGCUGGUUUGUGCUGCGCGGGGACCAGCUUUUCUACUACAAGGACAAAGACGAGGCCAAGCCCCAGGGACUUAUUUCUCUGCAAGGGACGCAGGUGGCCCAGCGUCUUCCUGGCCCUGAGGAUGUGGGGAAGCACCUCUUUGAGAUCAGCCCAGGUGGUGCCGGGGAGCGGGAGAAGGUGCCGGCCAGCCCCGAGGGGCUCCUGCUCAUGGCCAGUUCUCAGCGUGACAUGGAGGACUGGGUGCAGGCCAUCCGCCGGGUCAUCUGGGCCCCGUUUGGUGGAGGGAUCUUCGGGCAGCGCCUGGAGGACACAGUGCACCACGAGCGGAAGUAUGGCCCGCGCCUGGCGCCCCUGCUGGUGGAGCAGUGCGUGGACUUCAUCCGGGCGCGUGGGCUCAGCGAGGAGGGGCUCUUCCGCCUGCCCGGCCAGGCCAACCUGGUGCGGGACCUGCAGGACGCCUUUGACUGUGGGGAGAAGCCGCUGUUUGACAGCACAACAGAUGUGCAUACGGUGGCCUCCCUGCUGAAGCUCUACCUGCGGGAGCUGCCCGAGCCCGUGGUCCCUUUCGCCAGGUACGAGGACUUCCUCAGCUGCGCCCAGCUGCUCACCAAGGACGAGGGGGAGGGGACUCUGGAGUUGGCUGAGCAAGUGAGCAGCCUUCCCCUGGCCAAUUACAACCUGCUCAGUUAUAUCUGCAAGUUUCUGGAUGAAGUUCAGUCCCACUCCAAUGUCAACAAGAUGAGCGUCCAGAACCUGGCAACCGUUUUUGGACCUAAUAUACUUCGGCCACAGAUAGAAGACCCAGUGACCAUCAUGGAAGGCACGUCCCUCGUCCAGCACCUGAUGACCGUCCUGAUCCGCAGGCACAGCCAGCUCUUCAGUGGGAGGGCCCCAGAGGGGCCGGCCGCACCCCACGGGGGCCCACCCUGCACAGUGGGCUGGGGCUCGGCUCUCCAGGGCCUGGUGGCGGAGCUGCGGGCGGAGCUGUGCCGGCAGAGGACCGAGCACGAGCUGAGUGUGAGAAGACUUGAAGACGGUACCGCCGACCUGAGGAAACGAAUGUUGCGGCUGGAGGAGGAGCUGGACCAGGAGAAGAAGAAGUACACGAUGCUGCAGAUCAGGCUGCGGAACUCGGAGCGGGCGCGGGCGGACGCCGAGAGGAGGAACCAGCUGCUGCAGGAGGAAAUGGAGGAGUUUUUCUCCACCCUGGGCAGCCUGACUGUGGGGGCCAGAGGUGCCCCACAGUGAGGGAGCUCACUGCUCGCCUCCCUCCGCAGGGACGGGGGGCUGUGAGGAGCCCCGAGCCCCUGCCUCAUGGACCUCGGCAGUGCCUGGUGCCCUGCAGCCAGCGGAGAGGGAGUGUCGCCUCGCGGCCAGGAAAGCCUGACCCCUCAUGCCAUCUGGCUGCUGCUGCUGUGACUGGCAGGUGCCAGAGACCACAGGCCCGUGGCCACCAAAACAGAUGGCGCCUGGGAUCCAAGUAGCGCCCCAGGGACACUGCCCUCUUUAUUAAAUUCGCUCUGCAAGUGGGA